CUCAAUUACUGGUCCAUGUAUGGAUACAUCUCUGAUCAUGAUGACACUCGUGUAGAAUGGGAUGGCUGGUAUCGACUCUUCAUUAAUGAGUCGAGUGCUCAGAUGCCUGAGUGGUGCUUUUAUUACCUGUCAUGUGGAAGCGUUAGUUCUCUGUGGCUUGGUGGCUCUCAUCCUCAACUAGAAGAUGGAGUUGUUACUCGUGAAGUUUUUGGCUCUCGCGAUUAUCAGUGUAGUCGCUACAGAUCUGAACCAAUCCAAGUCAAAGCUUGUCCUGGAAAUUAUUAUGUCUACAAAUUUACCAGACCAACUCUUUCGAUCCCAGCUCCUGUAUAUUGUGCAGUACCUUUCACCACUUCAAGUGUCGACCCCUGCUACAGCUACACCAGUCUGGAUGAACCUUGGAGAGCCACUGAUUACUCUUACUAUAAUUACAAUUACUACUAUGGCAUGUGUGAUUAUAAUGUGGAGUGGAAUGGCUGGUACAGGCUGUUCUACAAUGGUCAAAAUGCUCAGAUGACAGAAUCAUGUGUUAAUUAUGGCAUGUGUGGCACUUAUUACCCACUAUCACUCAACGACACUCAUCCACAGCUGGAAGAUGGAGUGGUCACCCGUCAGGUCUGUCUCCCAUGGGGUGGCUGCUGUACUUACACAUCCCACCCUAUAAGAGUCAAAGCCUGUCCUGGAGAUUACUAUGUUUAUGAGAUUGUCAAGCCAAUGGUUUGUGGAGCUUACUGUGUAGAAGCCUCAAACCAGUCCAUCCCAUCAGUGUCUACAACAACAGAGAGAAUUCCACCCAUAGAAUCCAUUACUCCACCAAUCACAACCACUGCUCCCCCUGUUGACCCCUGCUACAACUACAAUGUACUGGAUGAUCUAUGGAGAGCCACCAACAAUCAACAUUCCUCUCAAAUAAUGUGUGACUCUUGGGUCAGCUGGAAUGGCUGGUACCGUCUCUUCAUUCAGGGUCAGAGCGUUCAGAUGCCAGACACAUGUGUUGAUCAGUAUAGUUGUGGCACUGAUGCUCCACUGUGGCUGAACGGAGGACAUCCAACAGUUGAGGAUGGAGUGGUCACUCGAGAUGUCUGCGGUCACUGGAACAAUAACUGCUGCUAUUUCCAAUCCAAUGCCAUUAAAGUCAAAGCCUGUCCAGGAGGGUAUUAUGUCUAUGAGUUUGUGAGUCCAACUACCUGCGAUUUGGCAUACUGUGCAGAUGCAAGCAACAUAAACACUACCUCUACUACUGUCAUACCAGAGACAACCACAACUAUAGAAACUACAACCAUGAACAUUAUGACUGACAAUGACAUCAAUAUUACAGGGCCAUUUUAUCCAUUUGGAACUGGAGACACAGUGAAUGGACGCAUUGAUGAUGGGAGUUCAUCAGUUAUAUACCUGCAGCAGCCGUUCAUAUUUUUUGGACAAACAUACAACCAAAUUUAUGUCAACAACAAUGGACACUUGACCUUUGAUGGGGCAUGGUACAGCUACUCUCCAUACCAGUUCCCAGCCUAUGGAGGGAAAGACCUCAUUGCUCCAUUCUGGACAGAUAUUGACAAUCGUUGGAAUGGUGUCAUCUCAUAUCAACAGUACACCUCUGGCAGUGUCCUUACACAGGCAACCCAAGACAUAAACCAAUACUUCCCUGACUUGAGUUUCUCUGCUUCAUGGGUCUUUGUUGCAACGUGGGAUAGAGUUGCAUAUUACUACAAUUCAGGAAUUGAAACAUCUUUCCAAGUGGUUUUGAUUUCAAAUGGACAUCUCUCAUUUGUUGUAAUAAACUAUGGUGCAAUUGCUCCAACACAACGAUAUGUACAGGCUGGUUAUGACACUAUCGACUCAAGUCACCAUUUCUCAAUUACUGGAUCACUCCAGAAUGACAUCACCAGCCUACCACACAGCAGUAAUGUCAAUGUGCCAGGCAGAUGGGCCUUCAGAACCGAUCAUGGAUCACGGGGCUGUCAAUUUAAUGGUUUGCCAGUGCAGCUAGGAGACUAUUUCUGGAGUGAUGUCGCCUGCCAGGAAAGAUGCACCUGUACCAGUAGAGGCCUCCAGUGCAGCUUUGAGGCCUGCACUUAUUCUCAAGCUUGUCGUCCAGCUGCUUUCCAAUACUCUUGUCAGAACAUUCAGCGGCAAACAUGCACCAUCUCUGGUGAUCCUCACUACUACACCUUUGACAAUCAGAUUUUUCACUUCCAAGGAACCUGCACAUAUGUUCUGUCUGAGGCUUGUGGAAAUGGUUUGCCGUACUAUCGCAUUGAGGGAAAAAAUGAGCAUCGGGGUAGCACGCAUGUGUCAUGGACUCGAAUGAUCAGAGUAUUUGUCUAUAAUGAAGAAAUUGAACUGGUUAAAGAUCACUAUUAUGAAGCAAAGGUUAAUGGGACCUUUAUAGCAACACCAUUCACCCUCCGCAAUGGCUCCAUCCAAGUCUAUCAGUCAGGUUUUUCCUUGGCCAUCAGCACAGAUUUUGGUCUCCUAGUUACAUAUGAUGCAUAUAGCUACGUCACCAUCUCUGUACCUUAUGACUACCAGAAUGCCACAUGUGGUCUGUGUGGUAACUAUAACUUACAUCCUGAAGAUGACUUCCGUUCAAUCUCUGGGGAGAUCUUGAGCUCGGAUGUUGACUUUGCCAACUCUUGGAAAGUAGAGGGUGACACAGAUCCUGAAUGCCAUGAUGUCAGGUGCACAGGUCUAGGUUGUGCGGUUUGUACCGCCAAUGAAAUGAGCCUUUACAGUGACACAAACCACUGUGGGAUACUAGGAGAUGUUUCGGGGCCUUUUGCAUCUUGCCACUCUGUGUUUUCGCCACAGACCUACAUAGAGAACUGUGUCUAUGAUCUUUGCUUAGGAGGAGGGUACCAGCCAAUUCUGUGCCAGGCUCUCAAUGUGUAUUCUGCCCAAUGCCAACAGCAGGGUGUACAACUAGGGCAGUGGAGACAACCAGGCUUUUGUGAGAUUCACUGUCCUGAGCACAGUCAUUUUGAGUCCCAAGGAACAAGCUGCCCUGCAACAUGCAGCAACCCCUCUGCCCCAAUAAACUGUCCCCUGCCCAAUCAGGAGAGCUGUAUUUGUGAUGAUGGGUACAUCCUCAGCACUGGGCAAUGUGUGCCUGAAGCAAACUGUGGCUGCGUCUUUGAGGGCUUCUAUUACUCUGAGGGACAGUCGGUAGUGUUGGGCGAGGACUGUGGAAGGCAAUGUGUUUGCAAUAGCAGGUCAAUGGUGUGCGCUCAGCACCAGUGUGGUCCAGCUGAAGUGUGUGGACUCCAUAAUGGUGUAAGGGGUUGCAGACCCAUCAGUUAUGCUACCUGUUCAGUUGAAAGCCUGGGUUCAUACCACACCUUUGAUGGACAAACUUUCAGAUACCCAGGAGCUUGUGGACUGACCCUUGCAAGAGUUAUGGGGCCAUCCCAACUGUCAUACUUUGUAUUGACAGUGGAGAAAGUACCCAGAGGCCUUCAAGAAUUUUCCAGGUUCCUGAAGUUUGAGGCAGGAGGAACUCAUGUUUCCAUUGAAUUGGGAGAAGGUAGCAAUGUACAGGUGGAUGGACAGAUGGUUGGUCUACCUAUCAGUGUUGGUUCCAGUCAAAUCCAUAUCUAUCACAGCAGUGCAAGAGGUUUUGUUUUGGAGACAAACUUUGGAGUGACUGUUAGAGCUGAUUGGCCGCACAUUGUCCGAAUCACUGCGCCAACCACUUACAAUGGUACACUUGGAGGUCUGUGUGGGAACUUGAAUGGAAACGUUGAAGAUGAAUUCUACAGCCCGGAUGGUGUCCUGCUGGAUGACUCCCAGCUUUUUGCAGACAGCUGGCGUGAUGGAUCCCUGUCAGCUCACUGUGAGGACCCAACUGACAUGUGGGAACCAGAUCAUUAUCAGAACAGGAGCGAGUUCAGAGAGCGCUGCAGCAUCAUGGCCAUGAAUGAUGGACCAUUUGCUGAGUGUAGCAGAACACUAGACCCUUGGCAACGGAUUGAAGAUUGCAUUCAGAUGCUGGAGCAGACGGAUGGUGCCAGUGAGGCUCUAUGUGAGGCCCUGCGAGGCUAUACACUGCACUGCCAACAGAAUGGCAUCGCAGUAGGAGAGUGGAUGAGUAUCACCCACUGUGAUCCGAACUGUCCAGCAAAUACCCAUUUCGAAUUGUGUGGCACAUCCUGUCCUGCGUCCUGCCCUAGCCUCUCAUUUCCCUUCCAGUGCACGCUGCCAUGCCAGGGGGGAUGCCAGUGCAAUGAUGGACUGGUGCUAGAUGGAGAUCGCUGUGUUUCCCCCACUGGCUGCGGCUGCCGCUAUGAUGGGCGUUAUCGGCAGCCUGGAGAGCAGUUCUGGCAUGGUGAAGAGUGUCAGUUCCUUUGUGUCUGUGAUGGAAUCACUGGAAAUGUCCGUUGCACACCAUCAUCUUGUAGUGAACAGGAGAUCUGCCGUGUGGUGGAGGGGGAGUAUGGCUGCCAUCCUCAUCCACAUGGUAGCUGUUAUGCUUCAGGAGACCCCCAUUAUAAGUCUUUUGAUGGAACUUAUUUUGACUUUCAAGGCAGAUGCCGAUAUGUGCUGGCCAAAGUAUGUGAUGAUACUCGUGGUCUACCACACUUCCAGGUGGAUGCAAGAAAUGAUGGAUGGCAUGAAUGGCCAGUGUCAAUAACUGUCGAAGUUUUUGUCAACGUCUCUGGGCACCUUGUGCACAUGUCACAGGACAUGAAUGGUUAUUCUGCUGUUAAGGUUGAUGAAGAGAUCAGAAACCUUCCCGUCUACCUUGACUCUGGUCGGGUCUCUGUCUACUCCACGGGACAGUUUAUAUAUGUCUCAACUGACUAUGGUUUCGGUGUCAGUUAUGGUGGUUCCUGGGAGUUAAACAUUGUUGUGCCAGCAGACUACAAUGGAGUUGUGUGUGGCAUUUGUGGCAACUUCAAUGGCCUUCCCGAGGAUGACUUCCUCACUCCUUCAGGUGAUCUGGCACCUUCAGCAGACCAGUUUGGGGCAGAAUGGAUGGUUGAGGAUAACAUGUCAUACAAUCAUGACUGUGGAGGCGGUGAUAUUCCUGGCUAUUGCCAAGAUGAGAGCACAACUCUCAUCUCACAAGCCUUGUGUGAAAUCAUCAGGGACAGUCAGGGUCCCUUUAGCUUCUGCCAUGGUUCUGUUGAUCCACAGGCCUACUUUAAUAACUGUGUGUUUGAUGUGUGCAUUUCUGAGAACAGUAAUGAUGUCUUGUGUCACUCUGUCCAAGCCUAUGUGAGUGCUUGUCAAUCUGCCAACACUGUUGUCUAUCCCUGGAGAGAAAAUGCAUCCUGUGUCAUGGACUGCUCCUCAAACAUCCCAAACAGCCAUUAUGAGGUGUGUGGCACAGACUGUGGCCAUACAUGUGCCAGCAGCAUUGAUGCUAGCUGUGAACACACAUGCUCAGAAGGUUGUUUCUGUGAUGAGGGAUUUGUGAGGAGUGGAGGACUCUGUGUACCAGUGGAGCAAUGUGGCUGCUUGUAUGAUGGAUUCUACUAUAAGAUUGGUGAACAGUUCUGGGAUUCAACAUGUUCCCAACGCUGUCAGUGUUUUGCUCCAAAUGAUCUACGCUGCUCUGCAUCUGUUUGCCCACCGACCAUGGAUUGUGCGGUCAGAAAUGGACAUCGUGACUGCUACAGUCCAAUGUCCACCUGCACAGUCUGGGGUGACCCCCACUACAUCACCUUUGAUGGAGCUGUGGCCCACUUUCAGGGAACUUGUUCAUAUGAGAUUGCUCAGACCUGUGGUAAUGUAACUGACAAUGAUCUGGAGUUCCGUGUGGUGGCCACCAACAGGCACCGUGGGAACAUGGUGGUAUCAUUUGUGUCUGCAGUGGAUGUUUGGUUGUCUCAGCAUGGACAACAGACGCACAUCACAAUUGGGCAGAACAGGAGAGUUAAAGUUGAUGGGAAUGCCAUCGACACACCAGCAUAUCAAAACAAUGAUCUUGUAGAGAUACGUGAGGAGCAGGGAUUCGUAAUUCUAAAUGCUUUCAAUGAAUUCAUUGUCCAUUUUGAUGGACUUAGCAGCCUUCUAGUCAGAGUGAGUGAAAGAUUCUAUGGAUCUCUAUGCGGAAUGUGUGGAAAUUUCAACGGUAAUCCUGCAGAUGACAAAGUGCUGCCCAGUGGAGACCCCGCUCCUGAUGAUAAUUCCUUUGGCCACAGCUGGCAAUCAGACACCAGCAUUCCAGGUUGUGGUGCCAGAGACCAGACUGGUAAUGCUGAUGAGUGUCCAUCCAGGCAGAGAUACUCUGAUCUCUGUAGCAUUAUCACCAACACCACUGGCCCCUUCCAGAACUGCCAUCUUCAUGUUGACCCUGCACCUUACUACUACUCUUGUGUGUAUGAUCUGUGUCUGUACACACGUGCUAAUGGCAUGUUAUGCUCAGCUGUUGAGGCCUAUGAGACAGCUUGUGCCAUCUUAGAGAUACAGAUCCCAGAAUGGCGCUCGGGUCUGCGGUGUGAUGUGAGAGAUCGCUGCUCUGAGCUCAGCUGCUCUGAGGAUGAGUGGUGUGGGAAGAAAAGUGGUGUUUAUGGCUGUUUGUGUAACGAUGACCUACCCAGACCACAAGCUGACUCUUUUGAUUUCUCAGAAACCUGUGAAAGCAGCUCUGGCUCCAUGUCUGUGUCUCGCUGUCAGCUCUUUGAGACUGGUUUUCCAGCUGAUGUCUUACACCUCAAUGAUCCCAGCUGCAAAGGAACGGUCCGGAAUGGCAGAGUGGAAUUCCAUUUUGAUAAUGAUGAACACAUUUGUGGCACAAAUCUUCUGGCCAACGGCACCCACUUCAUCUAUAGUAACUUUAUUUUGGGGACACCGAGGUCAGAAGGUCUCAUCAGCAGAGAGAAAAUCCUUAAGCUUUCUUUCAGCUGUGUUUAUCCUCAAACACAAACACUUUCCAUGAAUGUGGAAAUCAACCCACUGGAGAGUGUUGUGCACAGGACUCUUCCCGCUGGUGAAGGCAGAUAUCAGGUUCGGAUGAUUCCAUAUGAGGAUAAUGAGUAGCCCUUCACUGGUAAAGUGGAUGCAGAGCUCGACCAGAAGAUGAAUGUGGAAGUUCGUGUCGAGGGGGUUGACAGCCGUCAGUUUGCCCUGGUGAUGGAGACGUGUUGGGCUACACCUGUGAAUGAUCCUGAUUACAGUCUCCGCUGGGAUCUCAUCAUUACAGAGUGUCCCAAUCCAAAUGACGACACAGUGGAGCUGCUGCAGAACGGCAUCUCGACAUCCGGCCGUUUCUCCUUCAGGAUGUUUAUCUUCACUGCAAACUCCACUAAGCUUUACCUGCACUGCUCUGUUCACCUGUGCCUUCUGUCAAGCAAUCGCUGCUCAACAGACUGUAACUCUGGACACCAGCAGAGAGAGCACAGGUCUGUGGAUUUCCAUGACAGUGCUUCCAUAUCCAUGGGUCCUCUUAUGUUGUCUGAAGGGAACACAGAUAAGUGGGUCCCAGAUCAAGUGAAGGUAUCUGAGGCUUCUUUUCUAUGUGGUUCUCUGAUGCUGUUACUUGUUCCUCUGAUGAGUGUCCUGACCCUCUUUUAGUUUAACAAACACACACAUACACACACACACACAAAAUACAAUUUUCUAGUGGCAUUUUAAUGAAUGUGGCACUGAUGCCACACUGGUUUUGGGUUUCUCAAUGUUUCCUUAGUUCAUGUGGACAUUGUCUCUUUACCUACAA